AUGCCAGGGUUGCCGGCUAGCAUCGACCUGGACGAGUGCAUCGAGCGGCUCUAUAGGAAAGAGUUGUUGGCGGAUACCGUGAUUGAAGCAAUAUGCGCCAAAGCUAAAGAGCUGCUGAUGAAGGAGAGCAAUGUGGUGCAUAUCAGAGCUCCGGUCACUGUUGUGGGAGAUAUCCACGGGCAGUUCUUCGACAUGAUUGAGAUCUUUAAGAUCGGGGGGUUUUGUCCCAACACGAAUUAUUUGUUUCUGGGCGACUACGUGGAUCGCGGUCUGUUCAGCGUCGAGACGAUUUCCCUUCUCGUUUGCCUGAAGCUACGAUACCCCCAACGCGUUCAUCUCAUCCGCGGUAACCACGAAUCGCGCGGUGUCACCCAGUCCUACGGCUUCUAUACAGAGUGUGCGCGGAAAUACGGCAACGCCAACGUGUGGCACUACUUCACCGACAUGUUUGACUUUCUCACCCUUAGCGUGGUCAUCAACGAUCAGAUUUUCUGCGUACACGGUGGCCUUUCCCCCUCGAUCCACUCAAUAGACCAGAUCAAGAUUAUCGAUCGGUUCCGCGAGAUCCCUCACGAGGGUCCCAUGGCCGAUCUGGUCUGGUCCGACCCCGACACCGAACGCGACGAGUUCUCGCUAUCACCGAGAGGAGCAGGGUACACAUUCGGUGCGCAGGUCGUUCGAAAAUUCCUCGAGGUGAAUAGCAUGUCGCAUAUUUUGCGGGCGCAUCAGCUCUGCCAGGAAGGGUAUCAGGUUCUCUAUGACGACCGUCUGAGUACGGUGUGGAGUGCGCCCAACUAUUGCUACCGGUGCGGGAAUCUCGCCAGUGUUCUUGAAGUAAGUGACACUGGGGAGAGAUACUUCAACAUCUUCGAUGCCGCGCCGGAGAACGAUAUCCACCGUGGAGAACAACAAGCGCAACAGAACAAGGACGGCCAGAAUCCUGUGAUUGAUUACUUUUUGUGA